AUGGCUUAUUCUUCCCUGGUGCGCCGCGGCCGAGGUUUUGCUGGAUUUUCUAGUUAUUUGAUUUCUGGAAAAUGGAGUCGCGACUGUAAUUGGUUUUGUCGGAGAGGCAUGAGCACGGCGGCGCUGAUGUCGCCGGAAAAAAGCAAUCCAUCUUCUUCUUCUCGUUCUUCUCCUUGGCUGAUGCUGCAACCCGCAUAUGAAGCCUGCGCCGUCUGCAGUGCCGCCACGAUGAAUUACAAGUUCUACAACUUAGCGGAGAACAGGGUCGUGACCUUGAGGGUCCCACAAAUACCCUUCGGCCUUCUGAGUUUCCGGGGUUCCUCCAGCGGUGGCUGGCUAUCCCUUGUGCAGCCCGAAACCCACGAUCUGUUACUGUAUAACCCAAUAUCCCGCCGCAGCAUAAAGCUCCCACCUUCCUACGGCCCAUCAGUUGAUCUAAACAGAGCACCCGUUCUCCAUAAGUCCUUCCUCUCUUGCUCUCCCGACACUGAAAAUGAUUGCGUCUACUCCACAAGCCAACAGACACUCUUUGCCCUCACAAGCACUUUCCAGUUGGAGGCUUGGGACCUGACGGCUGCAUCCCCAGAAUUGAUACGAAUUAUGGGUGAGUUUAGUAAUAUCCUCAACCAUGAAGAGAAGAUGAUGAAGAAGAAGAAUAAGAAGUUGUUAGGGUCUAGAGAUGACUUGACAUGUUUGCAUGGUUACCAUCUGGUGGUUGCCGGAGAGGAUCUCCUGGUGGUGACUCAGUACGUCAUGCUAUCGGUUGACUCGAAUGGCUUGUAUGUUGACUUCGAGGCAGAAGAAUCAGAUGAAGAAUCAGAUGAAUCGGCUUUUGGCCAUCCGACCGCGACUAUUGAUUUUGAUGUUCAUAGAUAUGAUCCGGAGGAUGGGGAUCUUAAGUAUGUGGAAGGUUCGUCUUUAGGUGGUUGGGCUCUUUUCGUUGGUCACUACAACCACUCUGUUGCGUUGCGUGCGCGUGACUUCCCAGAGCUGAAGCCCAACUCCAUUUACUUCACGGAUGCCUUAGCAGAUUUUAGUGUUUGUGGUAAAGGUGGCCAGGACAUUGGCAUCUUCAGUUAUGAGGACAAGACUGUGUCACCAUGCUAUUAUCCAUGCGACCCUGCCAACUUAAAAUCGUUGGUCCCAACGCCCAUGUGGUUUUUCCCAAGCAACUUCUGA